AUGGCCGUUAAUCAGAUUUCGAUGUUGGGUGGAGGGCAUUACAAUCGAAAUUCAACUUUACAAAGAGCUGCAAUCACAACAUCAUUUGCACUUUUACCCCUGGACUUUAGUGUAUCAUCCGCAACUCUCUAUUUCAAUGAUAUGCCAAUGAACGACUUCUCUUCGCUAUCUGUCACCAUUCACGCUGCCAUGCAAAAGCUGUCUCAGAAUGAUGCCAUCAAGGUCUUUCCUUCAAUGGUUCCGCGAAGCUAUUAUCAACAGAUUUUACCGGAUGGAUCUGUUGAUAUAGGAGUAUCUAUGACGGCUCUUCACUGGCUUCAAUCCAUGCCGCCAGGCUCAGCAGAUGACAAGUCCGCCAUUUCUGCCGCUGCUCACAAUGACUUGACUACUUUUCUGUCGGCUCAACAUAACGAGCUUCGAGAAGGCGGCAGUCUCAUUCUCGGUAUUCCAGUAGUCGGCGAUGUCAAUGUCGAUCUUGUUAUUGAAUGCUAUAAUUUGACGCUUGAUGCACUUGCUGAGCGGGGCCUCAUUGACCGUUCUAUCAUUUCUUCAUGUCAUCUCCCAGUGUACUUUCGAAGUUGGAGUGAAGUCCAAUCAGCGUUGGAAGCUGCAGCCGGUGCCUGGGAUGUUGCAAAGAUGUUCACCACGCCCAUCGAGCAUCCUGCGAGCCUGAAAUUACGAGUUGAUACUACCGGACAGCAUAUCAAGGACCGCCACAGCGCAGGUGUGGACACGUGGGCGGAUGAAAUAACCAGAUCCACAAUUUCAAUUGCAGCCAGUCCAUUCAAAACUGCUGUGAGGAAAUUCAACGGAAGCGAAGACAUGGUGUGCAACAGGGGGGAGACAGAGAGCAAUAAAGAGUCGGAGCUAAUGGAUGAGCUUUCUAGGGCCUUGAAACAAACAUUCCUUGCGACUGACUCAGAUCGAAAAUUUGGAUUUACCUACGCUUUUCUUAGAUUGACACGGAUAUAG